AUGCCCGCCCUGCUGCUGCUCGGGACCGUCGCGCUGCUAGCCUCCGCCGCGGGCCCGGCGGGGGCGCGCCCAUCCAACGACACGAGCGCAGUGGCCCCGGGCCCGCUGCCCGCGCUUCUCGCGCACCUGCGGCGCCUGACCGGGGCUCUGGCGGGAGGCGGAAGCGCGGCAGGCACCAGCGCCAAUGCCACCAAGACCAGCCCCGCGGGUGGCACGGGCGCGGCAGCACGGGCGCCCCCUCCGGCCGAGCUCUGCCAUGGCUACUACGAUGUCAUGGGCCAGUACGACGCCACCUUCAACUGCAGCACCGGCUCCUACCGCUUCUGCUGUGGCACCUGCCACUACCGUUUCUGCUGCGAGCACCGCCACAUGCGCCUCGCGCAGGCCUCCUGCUCCAACUACGACACCCCACGCUGGGCCACCACGCCCCCGCCGCUGGCUGGAGGCGCCGGGGGCGCUGGGGGUGCGGGUGGGGGGCCAGGGCCGGGCCAGGCAGGGUGGCUGGAAGGGGGCCGGGCCGGGGGCGCUGGGGGACGUGGGGGAGAGGGCCCAGGGGGCAGCACAGCCUACGUGGUGUGCGGAGUCAUCAGUUUCGCCCUGGCGGUAGGCGUCGGUGCCAAAGUGGCCUUCAGCAAGGCGUCACGUGCGCCCAGGGCGCACCGGGAGAUCAACGUGCCCAGAGCUCUGGUGGAUAUUCUCAGGCAUCAAGCGGGACCUGCAACCCGCCCGGACCGGGCCAGAAGCAGUUCUCUGACCCCAGGGCUGGGAGGCCCAGACAGCAUGCCCCCCAGGACGCCCAAGAACCUUUACAACACCAUGAAGCCCUCCAACCUUGAUAACCUGCACUACAACGUCAACAGCCCCAAGCACCGCGCCGCCACACUGGACUGGCGUGCUAUGCCACCACCCAGCCCCUCCUUGCACUACUCCACGCUGUCCUGCUCUCGAUCCUUCCACAACCUCUCUCAUCUUCCCCCAUCCUAUGAGGCUGCUGUGAAAUCAGAAUUGAAUCGGUACUCUUCCCUCAAGAGAUUGGCUGAGAAAGAUCUGGAUGAAGCCUACCUGAAGCGCAGACAUCUGGAGAUGCCGCGUGGAACGCUGCCCUUGCAUGCACUCCGGCGGCCUGGCACUGGAGGUGGCUACCGCAUGGAUGGCUGGGGUGGCCCUGAGGAGCUGGGCCUGACACCAGCACCCAACCCCCGGCGGGUUAUGUCCCAAGAGCACCUGCUGGGUGAUGGUGGCCGAGCUUCCCGCUAUGAGUUCACGUUGCCUCGAGCACGCCUGGUGUCUCAAGAACACCUGCUGCUGUCUUCACCGGAGGCGCUUCGCCAGAGUCGCGAGCACCUGCUGUCACCCCCACGAAGUCCUGCGCUGCCCCCAGAUCCCACCACCCGGGCCAGCCUGGCUGCCUCGCACUCCAACCUGCUGCUGGGGCCUGGGGGCCCCCCCACACCUCUGCAUGGGUUGCCUCCAUCAGGCCUGCACGCCCACCAUCACCAUGCCCUUCACGGCUCUCCUCAGCCAGCCUGGAUGUCUGAUGCGGGCGGGGGUGGGGGCACACUGGCCCGCAGGCCACCCUUCCAGCGCCAGGGCACCCUGGAGCAGCUGCAGUUCAUUCCUGGGCACCACUUGCCCCAGCAUCUGCGCACUGCCAGCAAGAACGAAGUGACUGUUUGA